AUGGGCACCAGGAGCCAGUGCUGGGCGCUGGCUGGGAUUCUCAUGGCCCUGCUCUCAGCCCAGCUGGCAGCCCAGCCCAAGAAUGAACCUUCCCGGACUACGGUCAUCAUCCCGCCCAUCUCCAUGUCCCCCACCAUGAGCUCCCUGAACCUGGCCCACAACGGGCGGGUGUGCAGCACAUGGGGUGACUUCCAUUACAAGACCUUCGAUGGGGACAUCUUUCGCUUUCCUGGCCUAUGUAACUACGUCCUGGCCUCCCACUGCCGUGCUGCCUAUGAGGACUUCAACAUCCAGCUGCGCCGUAGGCUUGUGGGUGACAGAUCCACCAUCAGCCACGUCGUCCUCAAGGUGGACGGGCUGGUGCUGGAGCUGGCCAAUGGCUCAGUGUUCGUGGAUGGGCAGCGGAAGGAGCUGCCCUAUAGCAGAGCUGGGCUCCUGGUGGAACACAGCAACAAAUACGUCAAGAUCAACAUCCGGAUGGUCCUGACCUUCUUCUGGAACAGAGAUGACAGUGCUCUGCUGGAGCUGGACACCAAGUACGCUAACCAGACAUGCGGCCUGUGUGGUGACUUCAAUGGCCUCCCUGGCAUCAAUGAGUUCUAUGCCCACAAUGUGAGGCUGACAGAGCUCCAGUUUGGGAACCUGCAAAAGCUAGAUGGGCCCACAGAGCUGUGCCAGGAUCCACUGCCUACUCUGGCCAACAAUUGCACCAAUGUCAAGGAGGUCUGCUACCGGAUCCUGCUUGGUGCUGCCUUCGCCCAGUGCAACACCCUGGUGGACCCCAAGCCGUACUUGACCUCCUGUGUGCAGGACCUAUGUCUGUGCCCCAGCUGCCCGUGUGCCACCUUCACCGAGUACUCCCGCCAGUGUGCCCAUGCGGGGGGCCAGCCACAAAACUGGCGGGGCCCCAAUCUCUGCCCCCAGACGUGCCCUGACGGCAUGCAACAUGAAGAGUGUGGCUCUCCCUGUGUGGACACUUGCUCCAACCCCGAGCGUGGCCAGCUCUGCGAGGACCAUUGUGAGGAUGGCUGCUUCUGUCCUAAAGGGAUGGUGCUGGAUGACAUCACCCACACAGGCUGUGUGCCUCUGUCACAGUGCCCCUGCACCUACCAAGGGCACACCUACACCCCAGGGGCCACUGUCACCACCAGCUGCAGCUCCUGCACCUGCACUGGAGGCCGGUGGCAGUGUGCAGCCCUCCCGUGCCCGGGCACGUGCUUUGUCCAAGGAGGAGCCCACAUUUCCACCUAUGAUGAGAAACUCUACAACCUGCAUGGGGACUGCAGCUACAUUCUGUCCAAGCGGUGUGCCGACAGCAGCUUCACGGUGCUGGCUGAGCUGCGGAGAUGUGGCCUGACAGACACCGAGAGCUGCCUCAAGUCAGUGACACUCAGCCUGCAUGGUGGGGACACGACUCUGCGGAUCCAGGCGAAUGGUGCAGUAUUCAUGAACUCCAUCUACGCCCAGCUGCCCAUGUCAGCGGCCAACAUCACAGUCUUCAAGCCUUCAUCCUUCUUCGUGCUGGUGCAGACUGGGCUCGGACUGCAGCUGCAGGUGCAACUGGUGCCCCUCAUGCAGAUCUACAUCCGCCUGGACCCCAUCCACCAAGACCAGAUGUGUGGUCUAUGUGGAAACUUCAACCAAAACCAGGCAGAUGACUUCACAGCCCUCAGUGGGGUGGUGGAAGGCACAGGUGCCGCCUUCGCCAACACCUGGAAGACCCAGGCCAGCUGCCCCAACGCCAAGAACAGCUUUGAAGACCCUUGCUCCCUCAGUGUGGAGAACGAGAAGUACGCCAGGCAUUGGUGCGCCCUGCUGACAGACCCUGCGGGCGCCUUUGCCACCUGCCACUCCAUCGUCAACCCCACUCCUUUCCACUCGAACUGCAUGUUCGACACGUGCAACUGUGAGAAGAGCGAGGACUGUCUGUGCGCAGCGCUGUCCGCCUACGUGCGCGCAUGCGCGGCUAAGGGAGUGCUGCUGCGUGGCUGGAGGGACCGCGUGUGCGCCAAGUACGCUAGCAGCUGUCCCAAGUCACAGAGCUACGAGUAUGUAGUGGCCACGUGCCAGCCGACCUGCCGCAGCCUCAGCGAGGCCGACGUCACCUGCAGAGUUUCCUUCGUGCCCGUGGACGGCUGCACCUGUCCCGUGGGCAGCUUCCUGGACGACUCCAACAUUUGUGUGCCUGAAGCAGAGUGUCCCUGCUACCUCCACGGGACAGCGGUGGCCCCGGGCGAGGUUGUGCAUGAGAACGGCAUGGUGUGCUCGUGCUUCAAGGGGAAACUAAGCUGUUUGGGAGCUUUGGUGCGAAACAAUACAGCAUGUGUACCCCCCAUGGUGUACAUGGACUGCAGCAAUGCUCGGGUGGGCACCCCUGGGGCCGAGUGCCUGCGCAGCUGCCACACACUGGACAUAGACUGUUACAGCACCCGCUGUGUCUCUGGCUGUGUCUGCCCCUCGGGGCUUGUGUCCGAUGGCCGUGGGGGCUGCAUUGCCCAGGAGGACUGCCCUUGCAUACACAACGAGGCUACCUACCAGCCGGGGGCCACCAUAAGGGUGGACUGCAACACAUGCACAUGCAAGAACCGGAGGUGGGAGUGCUCCAGCCAGCCCUGCCUAGGCACCUGUGUGGCCUAUGGGGACGGGCAUUUCAUCACCUUUGAUGGUGACCGCUACAACUUUGAAGGCAACUGCGAGUAUAUGCUGGCCCAGGACUACUGCGGGGGCAGCAGCACGACCAACGGAACUUUCCGGAUCGUCACUGAGAACAUCCCCUGUGGGACCACUGGCGUCACCUGCUCUAAGGCCAUCAAAGUCUUCCUAGAGAGAUUCGAGCUGAUCCUUACUGAGGGGCAUCUGAAGGUGGUGGAGUGGAUACCCGGCCAAGAUCUGCCUUACAAGAUGCGUUACAUGGGCAUCUUCAUGGUCAUCGAGACCCACAGCGGGUUGGUCCUGUCGUGGGAUCGGAAGACCAGCAUAUUCAUCAGGUUACACCCGAAGUACAAGGGGAAGGUGUGUGGGCUGUGUGGCAACUUCGAUGGCAACGCCAUCAAUGACUUCACCACGCGGAGCCUGUCCGUGGUGGGCGAUGUGCUGGAGUUUGGGAACAGCUGGAAGUUCUCACCAUCCUGCCCAGACGCCCUCGCCCCCAAGGACCCGUGCACGACCAACCCGUAUCGCAAGUCGUGGGCCCAGAAGCAGUGCAGCAUCCUCCACAGUGCCACCUUCGCCGCCUGCCAGUCUCAGGUUGACUCCACCAAAUACUACGAGGCCUGUGUGAGCGACGCGUGUGCCUGCGACUCGGGCGGUGACUGUGAAUGCUUCUGCACGGCUGUGGCGGCCUAUGCCCAGGCCUGCCAAGAUGCAGGCGUGUGUGUGUCCUGGCGCAGCCCGGACGUCUGCCCCUUGUUCUGUGACUACUACAACCCCCAUGGGGAGUGUGAGUGGCACUACCAGCCAUGUGGGGCCCCCUGCAUGAGGACCUGCCGGAACCCCAGUGGGCACUGCCUCCUUGACUUACCAGGUCUGGAAGGCUGUUACCCCAGGUGCCCACCCAACAAACCCUUCUUCAGUGAGGACCAAAUGAAGUGUGUGGCCCAGUGUGGCUGCUACGAUGACAAUGGGAACUACUAUGAAGUCAAUGGGAAGGUUACCACCACUGAGAACUGCCAAAACUGUACUUGCACCACCAGUGGCAUCCAGUGUCAUUACAGCAUUGAGGCCUGCACCUGCACCUAUGAAGGCAAGACCUAUGGCUACGAGGAGGUCAUCUACAACACCACUGAUGGGCUGGGUGCCUGCCUGGUCGCCAUCUGUGGGGGAAAUGGGACCAUCCAUAGAAACACAGUGGAAUGUCCUGGAACUCCAUCCACUAAGCCGCCGUUCACCUUCACCACCACAGUGGCACCUCAGUCCACAGCCGGCUCAACACCUGCACCCACAUCUUCCUCGACAGUGUGUGUUCAGGAGGUCUGCAUCUGGUCCAGCUGGUAUGAUGGGAGCCAGCCAGAGCCUGGGCUGGGAGGUGGAGACAUUGAGACCUUUGAAAACUUGAAGCAAAAGGGGUACCAAGUGUGCACAGCACCAGCAGACAUAGAAUGUCAAGCAGAAUCAUUUCCUAAUAUACCUCUAGAGAAACUAGGCCAAAAGGUGUUCUGUGACCGUGUGAGAGGGUUAAUAUGUCUCAACCGUGAGCAGAGUCCUCCUCUCUGCCAUAAUUAUAAGCUUCGGGUUUUGUGUUGUCAAUUUGAGCCCUGCGGCCGGGCCACAACUCUACUAACCAGCACACCACCAACAGUGGUGACCUGCACCCUCCAGGAGGGACUGAUCUGCAGGAACGAGGACCAGCAGGGCCGCUUCCACAUGUGCUUCAACUACAAUGUGCGUGUCCUCUGCUGUGACGACUACCAGCAUUGCAGGAGCACUUUGGGGCCCACGGCCACAUCCAGGAGCACCUCCACCACAGUGGGGCCCAGGACCAGCCCCAUGCCCACCACUGCCAUGCCCAUGGGCUCCACCUCACCCCACAGCAGCACCCGAGCUUCUACACCCACCUUGGGGAGCACCAUCUCCUCCCAAACUUCAACACAUGGCCCCGUGUCCAUGACGGUUACAUCACCCACCAAGUGUGAACCCCAAUGCACCUGGACAGACUGGAUGGACGAGAGCUACCCCUUGCCCUUGGACUCAGGGGGGGACUUUGAGACCUAUACCAAUCUCCGUGAUGCUGGCAUGGUCUUCUGUGACAGCCCUGUGGACAUCCAGUGCCGCUCAGAGCUGAAGCCAGACUUGCCCCUGGAGGCCCUGGACCAGGUGGUGCAGUGCAGUGCUGCCUUCGGGCUGAUCUGCAAGAACGAGGAGCAGAGAGGGACCCCCAAGUACUGCCACAACUUCCACAUCCGCGUGCUGUGCUGUGACUACAAUAUGUGUUCCACCACCCCGUCCACCACUGUUGUGUCCUAUCCAGGGUCCAGCACGUCCACGCUGGCUGCCUUUUCCUCUCCUGGCACCAUGGUCCCCAGCUCCGCCUCCCCUAGCCCCUCCGCCACUUACACACCUUACCCCAGCGGGUGCCAGCCUGCCUGCUACUGGACAGGCUGGCUGGACAUCAGUAAGCCCGAGCCAGGCCGAUUUGGGGGUGACAAAGAAAUCUACUACGAGAUCAGGAAUGCAGGGCACGGUCUGUGCAAGGUCCCGACAGCCAUCCAGUGUGAAGCCGUGCUGUACCCAGGAGUAGCCCUGGAGACACUCGGCCAGAAGGUGUAUUGCAGUGUGAAAUUUGGCCUCAUCUGUCGGAACAAGCAACAGAAGAAAGGCCAAAUGUGUCUCAAUUACCAUACCUUUGACAACAUCAGAGCAGCCGGGGGGAAGAUGUGCCCAAAGCCAGAGAAGAUCGAGUGCCGUGCAGAGAACUACCCCGAGGUGAGCCUUGACCAGAUCGGUCAGGUGGUGACCUGCACCCUCCAGGAGGGACUGAUCUGCAGGAAUGAGGACCAGCAGGGCCGCUUCCACAUGUGUUUCAACUACAAUGUGCGUGUCCUCUGCUGUGACGACUACCAGCAUUGCAGGAGCACUUUGGGACCCACGGCCACGUCCAGGAGCACCUCCACCACUGUGGGGCCCAGGACCAGCCCCAUGUCCACCACUUCCAUGCCCAUGGGCGCCACCUCACCCCAAAGCAGAACCCGAGCUUCUACACCCACCUUGGGGAGCACCCUCUCCUCCCAAAGCUCAACUCCUGGCCCUGUGUCAAUGACCUUGGCCACAUCACCCACCAAGUGUGAACCCCAGUGCACCUGGACAGACUGGAUGGAUGAGAGCUACCCUGUGCCUGGAGCAGCUGGUGGGGACUUUGAGACAUACGACAAACUACGAAUGACAGGGAAGUCCUUCUGUGACAAUCCUGUGGACAUCCAGUGCCGGUCAGAGCUGCAGCCAGGCACACCCCUGGAGGCCCUGGACCAGGUGGUGGAGUGCAAUGUCACCUUCGGGCUGAUCUGUCGGAACCAGGAACAGAGAGGGACCACCAAGUACUGCCACAACUUCCACAUCCGUAAUCACAAUCACACCAUCAGCCCCAAUACCCGAGACAAGUGGCAGCAUCACAUCAACCCCAACACCUGUGACCGGCAGAAUCACAAUCACACCAUCAGCCCCGAUACCCGAGACAAGCGGCAGCAUCACAUCAACCCCAACACCUACAAGCGGCAGCAUCACAUCAACCCCAACACCUGUGACAAGCGGCAGCAUCACAUCAGCCCCAACACCUGUGACCGGCAGAAUCACAGUUACACCAUCAACCCCAACACCUCUGACCACCGGCCCACCUCCUCAGCCAGCCUGACCUCCAUCACUCGCUGUUAUUGCCAGGCCUUUGGAGAGCUUUUCUCCCCAGUUCUUCCAGGGGACAUCAUAUAUAAUAAAACUGACAUGGCAGGGUGUCACUUCUAUGCUGUUUGCAACGAGCAUUGUGACAUUGACCGCUUCCAGGAUGCUUGCACCACCGUCUUGCCACCUGCCUCCUCUGUGGCGCCAUCCUCUGUCCCUGUCACCAUGCCCUCGCCCUCUCCAACUCCAGGAUGUGACCAUACGGUCCCUCCUCGACAGGUGAACGAGACCUGGACCCUUCCAGACUGUACUGUGGCCAGAUGUGAGGGUAAUAACCACAUCGUCCUGCUGGAGCCAAAGCCUGUGGCCAACGUCACCUGUGCAAACCAGCACCCGCCAGUCAAAGUGCAAAACCAGAGUGACCCCUGUGACUACCACUAUGAAUGUGAAUGCAUCUGUACCGGUUGGGGGGAGUCUCACUACACCACCUUCGACGGCACCUCCUAUUCCUUCAUGGACAACUGCACUUACGUGCUUCUGCGAGAGAUCCACCCUCGUCUCAGCAACUUGUCUGUCCUUAUCGACAACUACUACUGCACAGCCCCUGAGGGCGUCCCCAGCUGCGCCCGCGCCCUUCUCAUCAAUUACCUGUCCGUGCAGGUGGUCUUCACUGUAACUGACAAUGGGGGUACCAUGGAGAGCCUGAUCCUGUUCAAUGGCACCCGUGUUGGCCAGAGCUUCGGAAAGAAUGGCAUGAACAUCUCUGAGACAACAGGUGGCACCAUGAACGUGGACAUUCCUGCCAUCGGUGCCCAGAUCACCUUUGACGGGAGGCUCUUCCAGAUCCGGCUCUCUUACAGCCAGUUCAACCACAACACAGAGGGCCAGUGUGGCACCUGCACCAAUACCCGGGUGGAUGACUGCCGGCGGCCAGAUGGCACCAUCGCUCCCACCUGUGAGGGCAUGGCUCCGUUCUGGGUAGUCCCCAACAUCAGCCGGGAGGGCUGCAUGGGACCAACCAGCCCGCCCCCAAGCACAAGCCCCCAGCCCCGUGUGUCCACUGCAACCCCUGAAUCCGUUCUGCCCACCGGAUCCACCUCCUCCACUGGGUCCACCUCGUGCUCCCCAAGUCCACUCUGUGCAAUGAUCCUGAGCCCGACAUUUGCCGAGUGCCACGAGUUCAUCCCCCCCAACGAGUUCUACAGCGCCUGUGUGAGCGACAGCUGCCAAGGAGGGCCCGUGCCCUGUGAGAGUCUGGAGGUCUAUGCCUCGCUUUGCCGCAUUCAGGGCGUGUGCAUCAACUGGCGGAAUGCCACCGACGGGCUGUGUGAUUUCACCUGCCCACCUACCCAGGUGUACAAGCCGUGUGGCCCCAUGACGCCUGAGACCUGUGACAUGUACGUCCAAGGUAUAGUUGUCCCAGGACUAGCAGAGGGCUGCUUCUGUCCUGAUGGUGAGAUCCUCUUCAACAAGCACACCAAGAUCUGCGUGCCUGAAUGCCCCUGCGUGGGACCAGAUGGGUACCCCAAAUUCCCGGGUGAACAGUGGAUCAGUAACUGCCAGACCUGUGAGUGCAAGAACCCAAAGACUGUGCAUUGCCGCCCAGUGGAGUGUGAGGUGCCCACAGAGGAGCCCAAGGUGUGCAGUGAGCCUGGCUUUGUCACAGUGACGCAGCCCCAGCCUGACAAUCCUUGCUGCCCCAAGACGCUGUGUGUGUGCAAUCCCACCACCUGCCCCAAGGACCUGCCCUCGUGUGAGCCAGGCCUGGAGCCAGUCCCCGUGGAGAAGGCAGGCUCCUGCUGCCCCACUUUCAGCUGCAGACCUCAGCUCUGUCUCUACAACGGGACCUUCUAUGGUGUUGGAGCAACCUUCCCGGGGGACGUGCCCUGCCACACAUGUACCUGCUUGUCCACCCACGACUCGACCCCCACCGUGAAGUGUGAGGAGACUGUCUGUGACAUCACUUGCUCCCAGGGCUUUGAGCACAGGAAGGUGGCCGGGCAGUGCUGUGACGACUGUGUGCAGGUCGCCUGCCUGACGCCUGACGGGCAGCCAGUGAAGCCCAAUCACACCUGGGUCAACAGUCACUUGGAUGAGUGCACAACAUACCUGUGCGAAGUUGUGAACCAGAGCUUUGUGCUUGUCCCGCGGCCGACGUCCUGCCCAGAAGUGUCCACCUGCAUGGGGGUCCUCAAGAAGACAGACUGCUGCUACUCCUGCGACAAUGUGGACAGGUGCCAGGUGCGAAUCAAGAAGACUGUCCUGAGUCAAGGGGACUGUGAGACUGUGGGCACCGUCAACCUCACCUUCUGUGAGGGCUUCUGCCCUGGGCUGUCCAAGUACUCAGAACAAGGGGAGGUCCAGCGUCACUGCACCUGCUGUCAGGAGAUCAGGAAGCAUGAGGAGUCGGUGAGCAUGAGCUGUCCCGACGGGAGCCAGAUCGAGCACACCUUCAUCCAGGUGGACGAGUGCAGCUGCAACCCGUGGUGCCUGGACAAACCUGCACCCAGCCACUACUUGGAGUUGGAGGACAACUAUGACUGA